AUGUCGAGGGACAAGUUCUCCAGGAUACUUUCGAACUUGCCCCUAAAUGAUAAUUCAUUGUUAUCCAGUCAGUGCAACGACAAGCUCUACAAGUUGAGACCGCUGAUAGAUGGGCUGAAUAGGCAGUUUCAACUAGCCUAUGGUCUGAGACGAGAGGCCUGUGUCGACGAAUCCAUCAUACUCUUCAAAGGAAGAUCAUCAAUGAAGCAGUAUAACCCCAUGAAACCGAUCAAACGCGGCUACAAGAUUUGGUGCUUGGGAGACAUGUCGGGCUUCAUCCAGACCUUUCAGGUGUAUCAAGGAAAGAAACUAGAAACAUCUGACCUUCAGUCUGAGUUUGGGUUGCGGGAACGCGUGGUUCUUGAUCUUCCUUCAUCGAUCCUAGGAAAGGGCUACACACUUUUUUUCGACAACUACUUCUCCUCCGUGCCACUGAUGGCGAAGUUGAAAAUGGAAAAAAACAUGUGCCUGUGCCACAAUACGGAGCAACCGAAGGCAGCUUCCAGAACUUCGCUCUGA